GCGGAUCAAACAGCCAAAACCCUAACCAGAAAUCACGGGGAAGUUUAUAAUUACAAAGUUCGGUUCAAUCUGGAGGGAAAACAAGAAAAGAGGAAGAACUAAAACUAGAAACUCCGGCGAAGCAUUUCUCUUCGACGAAGAACGUCUAUUGCGAUUGGCAGUUUCUUCAUGGAAAGCGGCGGCAAAGGGAGAGAUGAAGAACAAGACGGCAUGUCUGUACACUCUCCAUGCAAAGCUCCUCCGUCAUCCGCUUCUUCUCUUCCCAAGGAGCAAGCACAGAUUGAAUUGGAACUCAAACUCUUGCAAGCUCUUGAAAUUUAUCCACUAGUCAAACUGCAAGGCAUACAUCGCCAUUUUGUUCUCUUCGGGUUGAUGGAAUUUCUGCGAAGAAGCUUUGAUCGUCAGUUCUCUUCUGAUGAAGUUCUGCAGUUGUUGGAUCGGUUCUAUAACCUGGAAAUGCUGAAGCCAGACGAUGAGGAAAUGGAAAUUCUGAAUCACGAGGAAGAUUUCUGCUUACCACAAACCUUCUUUGUCAAAGAAGAGUCUUAAGGGAAAUUGUUCAUAUGGAUGGUACCUUAGCCCUUCCUGGCAUCUUUCUACUGUCGAUCCCUUUUUGUUUGUAAAUGUCAAUACAGAAUCUUUUGCUGGAUAGUAUAAUAAAAAAAUUUCCUUUGUAAAGAUGAAUUCCUUAGUUUGUAUACACGAGGCUCAAUUUGCUAAGUUCUCUGUUCCGCAUGCCA